UAGUAUUGGUUAAAUGAGCAUGAUAUUUUCUAUUUGUAGAGUUUAACAAGGAAAGUCUUAGCUGCAAGGCUCGGGAUUUAGUACAUUUUCAGCCGUGCCGCCACUGCAUCAAGUUGUUCUGCUUGUCUGUGGGGGAUCAGGAACGUGCUCAGAAGCAGGAUAGUUAUGGGAAGAAAAUAAUGGGGAAUUUUUUCUUCUCUUUUUUUUCUCAGCCAGAAGCACAAUGUAAAGAGAUAUCCAGAUUUCCCAGAAACGUUAAGGUUCCCCUGAGACAGAUCAGGCUAUUGUGUCUCCAAAACAUCCAGUGUGAUCACACUGACUGGGGCAAGAUGCCUAGGAAAAAAAAAAAAAAAGCUUCUGGCAGCUGUAGAUCUGGCAUCACCAACCCUCUAUUUGGUGGCUCCUGGGAAAUGUGCUGGGGUCUCUAGGGGCAAGGCCUGAAUGUGAUUUCUCCUUAAUUGCUCUGUAACGUUCUUAUAAAGCUUUUCGGUACAUUGUAAGUGCAAUAUGCAGCAUUGGUACCAGACAUUUCUUUAGGAUAGAGUGCUCUACAGCUCCAUGGCAAGAGUUGUGUAUGCUUCACAAAUGUUUGUGUUCGAGGAGAAAGCUCAUGUUGCUUGACUUGCCUUGCAGAUAACUUAGGAUUAAAAGGAAGUCAGUCUCCAAGACGUUAUUUAGUACUGCCUGUUUGUACAAAAUUUUCUUAGAAAAGAUAAUAAUCUCUUCAUCAGCAGUAGGAAAACCUGUUACAUAUUUGUCUGGAGAAGAAAGGUUUUGUAUUGAUCAAGUUUCUAGUAAAUGGACAUGGCAGGAAGAAGAGUUGGGUUUUGGGUUGAGAAUCCCUCUAAGUUGUCCACUGGUUCUGAUUUGGUGUGGAAGAGUCUAGCCAAUUCAGCCACCAGCAAGAGUCCUCCACUUGAAAGGAGAAAGGGUUCCAUUCUUUAGUUUUUGCUCGUGGGUCUCUGAAUAUGACAUAAACCCAUGCUAUCAUGUGAUGGUGAAAUGAAUGGAGGGAAGACGUGGAGAAAACACAUAUGGAGAAAAAGUAUGCCAUGGAGGCAUUUUCUCUGACUUUUCUAUCUCGUGAUAUUUACUUCUGUAUUUUACUUUUUUUAAUCCGAAUUCAAUGAUCCCAUAGAAAACAGUUUAAAUGCAAAAAGGCCCUAUACAUUAUUCCCAUAUGUGUGUAGGAAGCAGAGUAACAUGGAGAUGGGUAGAUAGGCAAUGCGAAACAUACCCACAUAAUUUGGCUUUGUUCUGCUGUCUGGAUUUUGAAGUUAGCUUCACCUCUACCAUUGCUCUACACACAGAUCUUCCAAAAUUGUUAAGAGCAUGGCACCUUCCAGGGCUUUACAAAAAUUGGCUUAUUCACAAGACAGAAGUUUUUACAACCCCUAGAGUACUCAGCUGUCAGCCUUGAUCUCUUGUGUGUUCUUACAUUGGUUUGCAGAAGGUAUAGCAUGUCUGGAUGUCUGUCUGGUUUUUGUAAGCUAUAGCUAUUACUCUAGUAAAAGGCAUCAUUUAUCUCUCCAAACCUUGUCUUUCUUUAUCUAGUCAAACUAUUUCUUUUUUUUUUUCCCCAACUCUUCUUACCUCCCACUCUUGCAAUCAUAUGCCAAGGCCCUCCAUUUUUGCUGAUUCAAGAGCAACAGCGGUGAGAAGUAAUGUCCUCUCUGCAAUGUUACACUUUGCUUUCCCCAUCAAUUUCCAGCUUGACAGCAACUCUCUGUGGCCACCAGCAAUAUCUGAAAGUUUGGCAGGCAAGAGGUUGCUGUUAAGCCACAGGUCUGGAACCACUGCUGUAGGCAGUCUCUUCUGGUUUGUUUUUACUGCCUGACAUAAUGAAAAUGUUCUUCACUCCCUUCGUUAUGCUUCUUCCCUUAACAGUAAAAUACUUGAAAUUCUCCUCUUAGUGGAGCUGUUAGUUAUAUGCCAUAAAAUACUCUCACUGCCAAGUUUCGUCUCUGAUAUAAGUAGUCAGAAGGGCCCAACCACUGUGGCUGAGAAAAUGCCAUAUGUUUCACCAUGAAGUACUUCUAUCAACACUUGCUACCCCUUUGUGUUUGGGGCUCAUUGCAGUUCCUCUAGUUUUUACAGUAUAAUAAGGCCUUGUCAUCCUCUACCUUUUUCUCUCUCUCCUGAGUCUGGUUUUUGUUUAAGAGGAACAUAACCCUACUGUCCUCUUGCAGUUCCUCAAAAUGCUAUACUGAAUAUGACGGCUGUCACGCACUUGACUUGAGGCUUAGGGCUGGCUGCAAGCCAUAUUCUCGUCAGCACGAACAGCAUCCAUAAAUUCUAUGAUAUAUUUCAAAAAUCUUUAUUUUGCAGCUCCCUCAAGGGAAAGUUUCUAGUGCUUGCAGCUCAGUUUUCGACCAUUCUUCAUAUUUCGCGGCAGCAGAAAAUGAAGUAUGUUACCAACAAGGCUUUUAUGGCAGUAACUUUGCUUUUCCUCUAUAAACUUUUUGUCUUAAUGUCUUCACAAAUUGUUGGCUAUUGAAGGGAAUUUUGCCCAUUUGCCGUUAAGAUGAGUCAGCGUGAGCACUCUCAAUUUAUAGUUAUAAUAAUGCAUAUAUACAUAGAAAUAUACAUAUAUAAAUGCAGUGUCACUGGGAGGACGGAAGCCCUUAAAGCUGUACUGGCGUAAUUAAUUUGUCAAUGUGCAAAAAUGAACAGGUCUUCCCAGAAUCAAGCUUUAUGGCUGUCAGUGCCCCAACCCAUUUAAAUAUCUCCAAUACAGCUACCCUGCAUUUCAUAGGUCUCUCCAAUAGUAUGGAAUGUUGAUGGGACUUGCCUGGAGGUGCAUAUCAAAUCUUUAGCUGAGAUGGGUUUGGAAACUAAAUUCUUGAUCUUGUUGCUUACUCUCUAAACAAAGCUGCCUUAUUGCUGCAUGUUGUAGUAGUUGACUACAUUUUAGAUAUGUUUUCAAAUAAGCACUUAUUUUAAAAGAGAGUGGAAAAAGAGAAACUUGCCCAAACAUGAAAAGAUUUGGUGGUGGUAUUAGCUAGGUACCAUCACCUUCGUGUUUUGAGGUGGAAACAGAUUCCCCUGAUAGAACCAUUCAAUGCUUUACUCAAAUGCUUUUGAAGUCUGGCCACUACUGAGUCACAGAUAUUGGUCUUCCCCAGAUGGGUCGUCUGGAUGAGAGGAUGGGCAUCUUUUCUUCUUCUGUCUUUAGCUCAGAAUGCUGUCUCUGAAGCCAAAUUGUUGUAAAUACUGUCACGAGAAGAAUUCCAGAUAGGUGAGAAUGAAAAAUGUGAUCUUGAAAAGGCCUGAGCUCUUCCUGUAGACUUUCAUUUUUUAAAUUGUUCUGCUGAUUAGAGAACCAUACUAAGGUAUCAUUUAAAUAACGUCUAAGCAGGGGAGAGGAACCUUUGAGGAAUAAGGUUGCUGGAAAUGGCCACAUUAUGCUGGCACUGAGUUCACAGGUCAGUACUGCAAAAUAUUAUGAGAUGAAAGAAAACGACUGGAAUGCCUAAAUGAACAGUAUGCACUGAUACAUGAUUAAAUCCUUUUUCCCCCCCUUUUGGAGUUCCAAGAUCCAUCUUUCCUCUCUUUCCCUGAGCCUAUAACCUUUUUACAUGCAGCUUUAUCUUUUCAGAGCAGCGUACAGUUAUAAUUACAUGCCACUCUUUUCCCUGAGGCACUGUAUGCCUCGCGUUCUCUAGACUUCUCUUUUUAGUUCCCCAAUUUUUUUUUAUUGCCUCGUCAUGACAAAUUCACCAGUAACCCUUAGAGUAAAAUCUUCAACCCUCAGAGCUCUGACAUCUCCUCCUUUUAAAUUUUAUUUUUAAAAAAUCCAGCUACGUAAGUAGCAACAUUGUGUUUCCAGGUCACAGCCCUUUCAAGCUCCAGCUGAGUUCUGGCAUGGGAAGCACACUCCUUAACCUUGCAAUCGAUGCAAGGAUUAUCUUAGGAUGUAGACAAACUUCUAAAACUGUCUGAGUGCAUGAAUGUGCCCCGAUAAUUGCUUUUCACGCACAAAUGCAUAGCAUGUAAGGAUAAGGUACUGGAGACAUUCUAUCUAACUGUUUGUACAUGGGGUUGGUUGUAUUGGACCAGACAUCUAUCACAUGCCAUACACUGCCCAAAGAAUGGUCAAAACAUAAUGAUUCAGAGAAAGGUGACCCAACUCUCUGUUGGAUCUCUACACAUGGAUGGAACAAAUACUUUCUGACAGGGUUAUUAGUUUAAGUUUGAAGUUUCAAGUUGUAUGUUCGUUGUGCAAGCAUACAAACAGUGCCUUUGUGGAACCUGAAUGUGUUUGGCUCCUCCUUUUUUUUUCAUAAUCCUAAUGGUGUAGAAAGUCUCUGAGAUUAAAUCCAUCAAACUAAACAAAAAUUCUGCUGAUUUACUCUGUUGUAAAGAAGUGGAUCUAGUCUUAAAGUAUUUUCCUGUUCUGAACAGAAGGAGAAUCUUAAUUCAUUGAAGUCAUUAAAUUCUUUGAGAUUCUUAGUAGAAAGAGGAUGAAUAGAAUUGCAAUAUUACAUUGCUGAAGAUUAUAUAGGCAUUGUCAUAAUCAUUGCGUUACCUUCAGCAGGGGCUGCGUACAGCAGCUGCAUCCUUUGCCUACUGAUUUGACAAAGCAUAUAUUGCUAUCUCCUUUAUCCCAAGUAAUUACAUCUGUACUACAUGCCUAAUGGUUUAAUGCUGUCUUCUCCUUUUACUGUAAUGAUCUCAUGCAAUAAUCAAAGCCUCUGAACGUUUGUGAUGUCAGGCUAGCUUUCAAUGAUGUUAAGGAUGACAUUUUUUCACUCCCACGACAACGCAACAAGGCAGUUCUCAGUGGGACUGAUCCGUCUGCGCAUAUUUGGGAGAUUCAUCACUCAGAGCAGCACCUGCUUCCCUCUGUUUACAGAAGAACUGCAGUGAACUGUCCCUCCUGGUGGGAAGUGAAAGGGCCGUUCUAGCUGUGGGCUUCUCAGGUAUCUUCAGAUGUUCCUCAUAGCAUCCUCUGAAGGAAAAAAAAUAACAUUGGCUGGUUUUUUAAGAGGGAAUUUUUUAUAAGAAGUAUGAUAGAGGUAAAAAAAAAAAAAAAAAAAAGCCACCAAUUUUGGAAAAAACUUUCAGAUGUUGUCAGCGCAAGAUCCUUGCAAUCUCUGAGUAUGAUGAAGGUCUGGAUUAAUCCACUACCAAGGCUGCAGAAACAAAUAAACAAAAGGUCAAACCCAAAGCAUCAAUUUUCUUAAUGGAUCCAUAUUUAAAAUUAAUUUUACUUUGUAAAUGAGUUAAUAAAUGUACUUGUAAAUUCUCAGGAAAUUCAUUACGUGCUCUUAUAGUUGUGCUGUAAGUCUUCAUGAAAAUCAUGCCUCUUAUACGUUAAAAAAACAAUACCAAAUGCCAUUGGAUUGUUAUUUUAAAUGGAAGACUCAGCUCAGCUGUAAGUACACAGACACGACAAGUACCUCCAUAGACUAUACUAAUUAAUUUUAUUUUGGUUUUAUUUUGAUUUUUCAAUACUCUUCUGAUUUGCUUCCCUUUGCUGCUGAGGUCACUGUGGGAAACAGAGUGGAAGCAACCACAGGAUGAUGUCUGUGAAGAUCAACCAUUUGUUAAUAACUGCAGCUCCAGAACGGGUUUAGAAAUACUUUCUAAAGUCUCCAGAGGGUCAGCUCCUUAAGAACCCUGAACUGUUAUUAAUUAGUUCUUUUACAACAAGUUUUUUUGCUGACUUUCAGACACUUUUGACAGCAGAUCCCAAACACUGACAGAGCUUAUGUCUCUGUUGCAAAAAAUAGGGAAAUUCCUUGCUAAUCACGUGGCUUUCUCCAGAUCUGAUCCUCAGCGUGGAAUUUCAGGGAUGAGAAAGCAAAGGGGAUCUUAUGGCAGGGUGGCUGCUUAUGGUCAAUAGAAUACACCUGCUGGGAAUGAACCUCUAACAGUUACAUCAAGGUAAUAAUUCCAGGGAAUUAAAUGUAAUAGCUGUCCUCAUUAAAAAUUAAUAAAUAGAUAAAAAUCAGUUUUUUCAAUGAAGAUGAAAAGUCACAGAAGUCAUAGCAGAAGAAAACUCAGGCUUCACCAAGCUCUCAGUCUGAAGUGAAAGGUAAAUGAAGAGUGGAAGGUAGAGGGGAGGAAAGGUGAAGGACUUGUUUGAAAGAAGUGUUCCUUUGGUGUCUUAUCAGAGAAAUGGUUUGGGUACAGCUCUUUGUGUGGCCCCUGGAACUCCAGAAUAAGAGUUGUUGUUUUUUUUUCUUGUUUUAUUUAUAUCUCUUUGAUAGUACCAUAAAGUUCCCCAUGCAUGCUUUUGCCUGUAUUAUUACUAAAUCAUUCUAGUAAAUAAUCAGGGGAUGAUUUUGAGAGUGGUGCGCCUUUCUUCCCCACAGUCAGCUAAAGGGCGUUACCAUUCUUUGCAUGCAACAGCUUACAGAGGCACUGGGAACACUAGCACACCUGUAGCUGCUCUUCUGAGUCUUUCAAGCACCUGGUGAUUUCAUCCGGCAAUUAAGAAAGAUUUUGAAGGAAACCCAUUGCACUUCAGGAGAUGGUGUUAUUGAUUCAGUAGAGCCCUUUUCUCUGAGUCAGUACUAAAUGAUAUGCCCUAGUAUGUUUCCUGCACAUGAGACCCCCAACCACAGUUUGAUUACUUGUGGUCAUCAAUUAUCCUGAGGUUAAUUGCAUAAGCCUGAAGGUGUUUGCCCUGAUAACCCGGGCAGAUUUCAGUUUGCCUACUGCAUGUCAGACAUCUUGAUUUUAAUUGGGCAGUUGUUUGUCCUGCUCCCAACCUGCUGUGCACUGCUGAAAAGCACUAGAGGAUGGAUUUCAUUGAUUAGCUGAAGGGAUAGGUAAAGAAGCAGAGAAUGUGGCUGCCAAACCAGAGGUACCCUCCGGGGUAAAGCUGGGGUCAAAAGACACAGCUGACAUGGUUUAAUAUUCAGGCUUACUAACUCAACUGCCCCAUUCCAGAAGUGUCCGGGGAAGUGUGAUUCUCAAUAAGGCUGCAGUAAGAAAAGAGAUCUUAAUAGGGUUGCUUAAUUAAGCUGCUGGAUAGUUCUCACAAGAGAAGCCAAAGGAGCAGCUGUAAUCCUUUAAAACCUACCAAGGCAAAACGACAUCAGUGUGUGGCCCCUACACUCUGCUCAGCACCACUGCAUCUCUCUCUAAUGGAGCCAAUCAGCUCUUCUCUGCCACCAAUACAGUAUGGAAGCCAUCGCCAAGUUUGAUUUCACUGCUUCUGGAGAGGAUGAGCUGAGUUUCCAGGCUGGGGAUAUCCUGAAGGUUUUGAGCUCCCAGGAAGAGUGGUACAAAGCUGAACUCCGAAGCCAAGAGGGUUAUGUUCCUAAGAACUUCAUUGAUUUUCAUGUUCCCCCCUGGUUUGAUGAGAAGAUAUCCCGCCAUGAAGCUGAGAGCAUCCUCAUGAGCAAAGGAGUUGGUUCUUUCAUUGUCCGAGCCAGUCAGAACUCUCACGGUGACUUCUCCAUCUCUGUCAGGCAUGAAGAUGAUGUACAACACUUCAAAGUGAUGAGGGACUCAAAGGGAAACUAUUACUUGUGGACAGAGAAAUUCUACUCACUGAACAAGCUGGUAGACUACUACAAGACAAGUACUAUCUCCAGGCAGAAGCAGAUCCUCCUGAGGGAUGACAGCCGAGAAGAGAAGGAAAGGCGUGGUGGGAGCCUGGAACGAAUGAGCCGGGAUGGACUCCAUAUGGGUGGAGCAGCUGGAGAAGCUCAUUCUUCUAUGUCCAAGAGAUAUGUGGACCAUCCUGUCCCUGUGUUGCACCAGCAACAGGAUAGGUACGGGGGGAGCCUGGACAGGAAAGAUGCACUGCAUGGACUAAGAUAUCAUAGCCAAGGAAGUGCAGCAGCUAUGCAACGGAGACACACGGACCCACUGCACCAGCAGACACCGCGAAUACUAUGGGUCCGUGCCUUGUACGACUUUGAUGCUGUGGAACAUGAUGAACUGGGCUUCCGCAGCGGAGACAUCGUAGAAGUCCUAGACAGCUCCAACCCAUCAUGGUGGAAAGGACGUCUGCGUGGGGAACUCGGUCUCUUCCCUGCCAACUAUGUCACACCGGUGCUACUGUGAGGCUGCAUUUGUGCCCCAGAGGUCCAUAUCAGAGCUGCUCGUCUGACAUGACAGGGACAGAGAAGGAGUGCAUCUUCCCUUGUCCCCAGGACAUUUGGUGGUUUUGGUUUUGUCUUAAUUUAUUGGCAACUGAUCUUCUGAGAUGCUGGUGAGAAAAAGAACCCUCUGAAGGAUUUUUUUUCCCUGUUUUGCAUGUUCAUGACCGGGAGGAGAGCAAGAAUCCUGGACUGUUUAUUGAAAUCUUCCUGGAUCCUCCCUGCCCCAUCAUUCCUUUGGCUAAGUAUUAAUAACUUCCUGCAGUUAGGUCUGUUCCGCGGAAGUGGCACCUCAGAGAAAUUAGGCUUUGGUAUCUGGGUAGAACCUACCCCUUUUAUUUUGGAUCUGGUUGCAUUCAUAGUCCAUUCACGCUCUGUUUCACCUUACUUUCAGAGGCAGAACAAGUGCCCAGGUGAAUAAAAUGAUGACUGAUAAUCAAAUUUCUUUUAGGUAGAGAUGAGAAGUCCUUAGGCUGAGGCGCAAGGCAACCAUGACUUUUCUAAAUAGUUUUUGGCUUGCACCUCUAGCACUUUCUGUGUGCUUAGACUGUGUGGAUACAGGUGAAGGGACGAAAUCCUGUAAGUUUUUGUACAAACAACCCGGUGAUGAACAUACAGGAGGGUGAGAAGCUAAUUUCAGUGCUUCUACAGACAGUCCUGCUCUCCUGCACUUCUGUCUGCACCCUAUUGCAACAAUCUGUCUCAUUUUCAAGCUGCUUUCCAAGGUACCUGUGCAUCCUUGUAGAUGUCCUGGUUAGAGCGGGUCAAGCCCAUCAGCUAAAUGAAUAUCCUCUGGAUUGAAUAACAGUGGGCAAGCCUUACUGGUUCCUUUCUAAAACUGAACUGGGGAGGCGCUAGGAAGAAGAGGUUUUUCAGGUUUGGUGCCAGAAGUUCUGUCCCUGAGAAGGUGAGGUGUUCUGGAUCGCUGAGUACACAGCUCUGACUUGCCAGUGGAAUGCCUCAUGCAAAUCAUUGAGCUGUUACUUUACAGUAUGCAGAGAAUAAAGUUGCGGCCAUUUAAUAGUCUGUUCUCUGUUCCAGUUUCUUUUAGAUGAAAUAAGGUAAAUGAAUAGCAUUCCAAAUCGUGGCUGAGUGAAUGCCAAGAUGUGAUACAAAUAUAUUGCAAAUGAAUAU